UUUUCAGCUCUGUCGGGAUUAUUAUUCCCCGGCAAAGAGGAAGCUGCAUUCUCGAACUUCCGACUAUGGGAGUCAACGGGAUCCGUGAUUACGUAUGCCUACAGUCCUUACCUAUGCACGCAGACAAAACUUUAUUGUCUGAUUGGAAUCAUGUGCCUCGGCAUUGUCGGUUACGGUGUAAUUGAGUAUACUCAGAAGAUUGAAAGAUCGGAUCCAGAAUCAAAACCAGACUUUGAAUUGGUAGCAAACGGCGAAACAAAUGACACGACGAAACUAUAAGUCGUACGCGAAAAUAGGCCUAUUAAAGACAAAAAUACUGAACCGUAUUAUUUAGUACGAUCAAGUAUGAUAAA